CACCCCCCACUUUCUGCACCUUUCUCUGAGAGAGCGCCUCACAGUACCAGGGAAACUCAGACCCCUGUCGCCACUGGCAAUGAAGGUAUUAGGCUUGGCCUGUCACCUUUGAAGUGUCACCUAACUGUUCCAGGAGGCCGGAGAUCGGAAUUUCCUCUUGUUUCUGCUCCUGAAUUCUCCGCCCCUGUGGUGGGCAAGGGUUUUUCACUGGGCAGGUCUGUGUCUCACAUCCAGACUCCCGAAAUUUCAGCGCCGGGUGCACAGAAACCCGCUCCCAUCUCCCCUCUUCCCAUUCGAGGCAAACGUGAGGGAGUUACAGUGACUACUCCAACCUCGCAGACAGACUCCACCACACACGACGAUGCUCCCACUACGUUCCAGUCACAGGUUCCUGGGAGCUGUACUCAUCGUUUUCCUGGCUGGCACUGCAGCCUGUCCACCUUACUGCAUCUGUGACAACAUCCAACGCGUGGUGACAUGCAUCAAGAAACAGCUCACAGAGAUCCCUGUCACCAUUCCAGAGGCCACCAAGGAGCUUGAUAUCAAGGGGAACAACAUCAACACCAUUCCAACUGGAGCUUUUCUUCCAAUUCCCUACCUCACCCACUUAAAUUUACAGAAAUGCAAGAUUCACCAUCUUGCAGAAGGUGCCUUCCGGGGACUUGGUCAGCUGAUCUCCCUGAAUUUAGGCUUCAAUAGCAUUGAGUUCAUUUACCAGGAGACCUUUGACGGCCUGAUGUCCCUUCAACAACUCAUCAUUAACAAUAACAGGAUUGAGGAGAUUAGGCCCGGUGCUUUUGGCCAGCUGGGUUUCCUAAACCUCUUAAAUCUGGAAGGGAAUCGCCUGGUCUAUUUGCCCCCUUUGGUCUUUCAGGGUCUCCAGCAAAUUAAACACCUUCGCUUGUCAAACAACAUGCUCAACAAUAUUGCAGAUGAGGCCUUUGCUGGGCUCUGGACACUGAAGAGAUUAAGUCUGGAUGACAAUGAGCUUCAGUACUUGCCAACAGAAGCCUUGUCCAGGCUCAAAAAUGUGGCCAGAGUGGAUCUCGGCCAGAACCCUAUGACCUACCUUGGCGACGAGUCUGUCCGGAUGGCUUCAUUGAAGCACCUGACUUUGGACAACAUGUCCCUUCAGGAGGUAUCUCACACAGCGUUUAUCCACAGCCCCGGGCUGGUGGUGAUUGACCUUCGUUACAACCAACUGCAAGUCAUGCAACCCCUGGAGGGGCUCGAGGCCUUGAGAACCAUCAACCUGACAGGAAAUCCAAUCCAGUGCAACUGUUUGAUGAGUCCUUUCAGGGAAUGGAUUUCCAACCGCACCAAGCUGAGGGCGGAGGUGUUCUGUGGAGCGCCAGGAGUAUUCCGUGAUGAGCGGCUGGAUUCACUGCGGACAAUUGACCUGAAAUGUAUCAGCCGGCCUUCCGAUCAUGAAGAUGAAGAGGAGCUCAAUCCCCAGAGAGAGCCGGAGAAAAAUAACCAAGACAAGCUCCCGUGCCCAGAACACUGUGACUGCAAACAUGACCUAAAACAUUCCAGCUGUGAGGGCAAGGGUCUCCGCAAGAUCCCGAAGGGUUUCCCUGUAGAUGCCCUUCUUCUCGAUAUGCGCCAUAAUGACUUCUACACAGUGCCCAGAGGCUCGUUCUCAGAUUUGAAAUCUUUGGUUUCACUUCACAUGCAGAACUGCGGAAUUCACGACCUCCAUGACGGUGCCUUCCGUGGCUUAAAGAAGCUUAUUUACCUCUACCUGUCUGGUAAUGAGAUAUCGAGUCUCCAGCCAACUAUCUUUGAGGGGUUACCAGACCUGACUUAUUUGUACUUAGACUACAACAAGUUAACAUCAGUUCCCAAGGGAGCAUUCAAGCUGCUACCCAACCUGUUUGCCCUCCAUCUGGAAUACAAUCCCAUUCCCCAACUGACAGAUGAAAACAUGGAAGGAGCUGACUUUCUGAGAUGGCUCUACCUGACGGGCAACAACCUCACCUCCAUUUCUCCCACGGCUCUGCAGCCCAUCAUGGGGCUCCAGAAGCUGUCUCUAGAUGAGAAUAAACUGACAGCAGUUCCCACCAUUGCUCUUAUGGGGGCACCAAAUCUGGAUGAAUUGAAACUAGCCAACAAUCCAAUUAAACAGAUAGGUGACUCCGCCUUCCUGCCAGUGGCAGGUUCUCUACAACACUUAUGGCUGAAUGAUAUGGGAUUGGAGACGAUCUUUGAUGGAGCCUUUGAUGGAUUGCAUUCAGGGCUAGAAAGCCUUUACCUGGAGAAUAAUAAGCUGAGCAACAUUCCUGAUCUGAAGAAGUUCACAAGCCUUCAUACCAUCAAUCUAUCGAACAAUCCUUGGAACUGUGAUUGCCCACUCCUCCACCUCCGCAGGUGGAUUGAAAACACCAAUGUAAAGGUCACAGCCAUCUGCAGCCUUCCAGAAAACGUCACAGGGCUGAAUGUGAAAGAUGCCCCUUUUAAACACUGCAAAACCCGCCUUCCCAGAAAGAGGAAAGUCAGCCUGAAAAAGGGCCAAGACAAAAGAAAACCGAAAAAGGCCAAGCAGCAACACAAAAAACAGAAGAAGAAUAAACUGCAGUACACUAUAGCUGACCCGACAAUGCAACCAGUGACAAACUGACCUGAACAGGGGGUGUUGGGGAUAGUCUGGUGGUGGUGGGGGGGGCUAGGCAAGCUGACCUUUUUUUAAAAAACACAUUUAGUCAUUCUCAUCCCCUCCAAGCUUUUGAAAUUGUGGUUCCUUGAGAAUAUGUUACGUUUUUAUCUCCAAAUGGAAUAUUUUAUUGCUCUGUAAAAAAGAAACGCACACUCAAUACUCUAAUGCCCUCUGUAUAUUAGUGGCUGAACAUCUAAUGAGUUUGUGUGUGUCAUUCUUGUGAGUUUGUGUGUUGUUCAGGAGGCCUGAGCUUGUUUGAAAUGAAAGGUUGACAAUUGAGGCAAUUCUCAUUUCUAUAGUCAGGUUGAGAAGUGACACGACUGGAAGACAGAGUUAUAUCACCAGCACAAGGCUUAAUAUUGGCUUCCAUUUUAUUGAGUACAGCAAACAUCAAUUGACCCUUCAGCCUCUGUGUGAGGGAAGGUAAAUAUUCCCUUUUCUGUUCAAUAGGAUGCUUGACC